CUAUUAUUGAGCUCAUCUGGUAAGCUUUUUAACUUGUUUAUUUUUUGGUUCAAUAACUUCCAUUUUUUAAAAACCCAUUUAUUGCCUUCCUUUCGGCCGGAACCGCCAUCUUCCAGUAAUUCGCCAAAGUGACGAACACAAAGGGAAAGAGGAGAGGCACUCGAUACCUGUUCUCUAGGCCUUUUAGAAAACAUGGAGUUGUUCCUUUGGCCACGUAUAUGCAAAUCUAUAAGAAAGGUGAUAUUGUAGACAUCAAGGGAAUGGGUACUGUUCAAAAAGGAAUGCCCCACCACAAAUGUUAUCAUGGCAAAACUGGAAGAGUCUACAAUGUUACCCAGCAUGCUGUUGGCAUUGUUAUAAACAAACAAGUUAAGUGCAAGAUUCUUGCCAAGAGAAUUAAUGUGUGUAUUGAGCACAUCAAGCACUCUAAGAGCCGAGAUAGCUUCCUAAAACGUGUGAAGGAAAAUGAUCAGAAAAAGAAGGAAGCCAAAGAGAAAGAUACCUGGGUCCAACUGAAGCAACAGCCUGCUGCACCCAGAGAAGCACACUUUGUGAGAACCAAUGGGAAGGAGCCUGAGCUGCUGGAACUUAUUCCCUAUGAAUUCAUGGCAUAAUAGGUGUUUAAAAAAAAAAUAAAAGACCUCUGGACU